CGAUGCUCUAUUUGCCUGAGAACUUCAUUAUAUAUGGCGACACCAAAGCUCGAUGCGGCAAAAGAUGCAUUCGACAAGGCUGUCGAAUUGUGCAACAAGGCUCAUCCAAGCGGUGGGGCCAAGCUUGCCAAACUCAAAGGAACCUACAAAAUCGAAGAUGUCCUAGAUACAGUAGAAGCAGCUAAGGAGGCGUACGGUCAGCGAACGAAAAACUCGAAGGCACGGAAGUGGCUGUCAUACUUCUCAUCGCAGGUCGUAUAUUACGGACAAAUUCUGGAUACUCUAUCGCAACACCAUCCUGAAUGGGUUUCCCUGGGUUGGGGUACAAUGAAGUUUGCGUUCAUUCUAGUGUUGAACCAUGAAGAGAUGAUCACGGAGCUCUCCAAAGCCAUGUCCGAGAUAGCCGAUGUUCUUCCUCGUGUUGAGAUCCAGCUUGAGAUAUUUGACGCAGAGAAGUCUCUCCGUGCUGCCGUUGAAAGCCUCUAUGCCGAAAUAAUAAACUUUCUACUUCGGACACUCAAAUGGUAUGAGCAGAGCCGAUGGAAGCAUGCUUUGAAUGCUUUCACUGCACCGUACAAGCUCCGAUUCGAGGAUUUCAGAGACCGUGUCAAUAGGCAUGCUCGUCGCGUCGAUAAGAUUGCCAACACUCUGGCGCAGGCAAAAUUGGUCCAGAUGUAUCGCCAGAUCCAAGAGUUGUCAGCUGCCCUUAAAGAAAGCGACAAUGUUGCGAAGUCUUCAGCAGAGGCUUUGAGGAGAAUUGAAUUUGGAAUGGUUGAAAUGGAUACCAAGCAAAUCCAAGUUGCAAUGAUGCUGUCAACCACGAAGAACACACCUUUGGGAAGCCACUUGGAAUCACUCCGUUACUGCCAAGCCGUUCGGCGCCAACGUCAAAGCCGGCUACGGCUGGAUUACUCCCAUCUUACGCCGGCAUUAAAAGCUUGGGCAGAAGGACCGGGAUCAUCAUUUAUCAUCGUGGAGGGUUCUGCGCCAAAGAAGCUGCAGACCAAAAACCUCGCUACUGAACUUGUUGACUUGUUAAAAGAAGCGCAGAAACCUACCGUAUGGGCGUUCAAAGGAAGAGCGGCCAUAAAUCCAAGUGAAGAGGAUUCUGUUCAUGCCUUGAAGCAUCUAUGCGGUCAAACAUUCCAGAUGAACAACGAAGAAGCGACAAGGCAUGUGUCAAACAACUUCAACGCAGCCAGGAUAGAGAGUGCGGUGACAGAAUCCGAUUGGCUCCAAAUACUGCAAGAAAGCCUGACAGGGCUCCCAGAGCUUUUCAUAGUCGUCGAUCUGGAGUUGCUGAGUCCUGCAUCCAGCGACAUAUCUCGGAGCCUGCUCUUUCUGCGCAUUCUCGAAGCACUUCUCAACAACACCAAACGUGUGCCGAUAAAACUUGCGGUCUUCACUUUCCGUCGACCGCUUCUCACCGCUUUACGUUCGGACACCACUGAGGCUACAAUCAUACCACUGGAGCAAAGGACCGCUGUAGCAAGUCGUCAUCAGAAAGGCGGCAAGAAAAAUUCCCUCCCAAUAUUAUCCAAGGAUUCUAAACGUAGAAGCCCGCACAGAUAA